AUGCGUACUAGCUUUUACAAAUGCAAUGAACACAGCAGGAGCACCACCUCCACCGGAACAGGACCACCGGGAGCCGCCUUUUACCAAGAGAAGAGGCCGCGGUGUUAUAUCCACACCUGUUUAGCCGCGUGACAGACGAUGAGCGGAGAUCGAUUGAAAUGAAAUGCGUUGCUGGAAAAUCCUGUCUCUUCUAUUCAUCAAGUGUGUGCGCGCCAUUUUGAUGUUAUUUGUUUGGUAAGCCC